AUGACCGGCUUCCUAACAGACAUGGUACAGUACCGGGGGCUCUUUCAAAUUAUCACUGUCCUGGGGAUCGGUGGAACAUUCCAAAUUGGCUUUCAAAUUUCUACCAUCACCUACAUGUCUCAGCAUGUUAAGGCUUUCAUUAAUGAAACCUGGCUGGAGCGAUACGGCUACCCCAUCCAUCAGGAUAACCUCUUGUUCCUAUGGUCUAUCACUGUGUCCAUCUUUGGUAUAGGAGGUCUCUUGGGUUCUUCAGGAAGUAGAUACCUGACUGUCAAGUAUGGCAAAAAGAAAUGUCUCCUGUGCAAUAAUCUGCUUAUGAUAGUGGCAGCAUCCAUCAUGGGCUGCAGUAAAGUAGCCCAGUCCUUUGAGAUGAUUCUAAUUGGACGCUUCAUGUGUGGAUUUAGUGCAGGUCUUUGUGUUCCUCUACAUCAUCAAUACGUUGGGGAAAUUUCCCCUAGGAAGCUACGUGGAUUUGCAAAUUCUACUUGCUCUUUCUUUUGGUCACUGGGAAAAGCUGUAGGGCAAAUUUCAGGACAAAGGGAGCUGCUGGGCAGCCAGUCGCUGUGGCCCCUGUUGAUGGCCUCCUGUGGACUUCCAGCACUGGUCCAGCUGGUCACUCUGCCCUUCUUCCCUGAGUCCCCACCAUAUCUACUCAUGCAUAAAGGAGACCAAGAAGGCUACGAAAAAGCCAUAAGGCAGCUUUGGGGUGAAGGCCAUCACCAAGCAGAGAUUGAUGACAUCAUGAAAGAGAAGGCAACAAUGAAAAACACCAAGAUCUUGAGUGUCCUGGAGCUAAUGAAAGAACCAGCUUUCCGUUGGCAGCUGUACAUGAUAGUUAUUUUGACCGCCACAGUUCAGCUAUGUGGCAUCAAUGCAAUUUAUUUUUAUACUUUUGAAGUCCUCCAGGCAGCUGGCUUUGAUGAAAGAAUGAUCUCCUAUAUGACCCUCUCUGUUGGACUCUCUGAACUCGUAGCUACUGUAGUCUGUAUCUCCAUCAUUGAGCGGCUGGGCAGGAAAGUGCUCCUAAGAGGAGGUUAUUGGAUCAUGAGCUCACUGCUAGCCUGUAUCACUGUGACUCUCUCCCUACAGGACUGGUAUUUCUGGAUGCCAUACUGCAGCCUUUGUCUGAUUAUCUUGUUUGCAGUUGUCUUUGGAGUUGGGCCAGCUGGUGCCACAGUUUCCAUUAGGGUUGAAAUUUUCAAGCUGUCAUGCAGACCACCUGCCUUUGUGAUCAGCUCAGUUCUCAACUGGAUGGGCAUCUUUGUGAUCGGAACAACCUUCCCGUUCAUUGUGGAAAGACUCAAGCACUUCUGCUUCCUCAUCUUUAUGGGGGUACUUUUCACUUCAGGGAUAAUUAUCCACCUGUUCCUUCCAGAAACAAAAGGGAAAUCAAUUGUGGAAAUCACAGAAGAAUUCAAUAAGCUAAACUUUAAAAAGAAGUGUAUUCCUACAACUCCAGUUCAUGUCACAGAGGAUUAUACCUUCUGCACCAGGCUUUAAUGGGCUGUUUGGGGAGUCAGGCUUUGUUAAGAUGAAGGAA